AUGGUGCGCGAGCCGGCAGAUUUCUUAUGGGCCGCUUACAACAUCUGGAAGUUGCCAGGCGAGCCGAAAGGCGGGAACCAGGAUGGCAGCACGGACGCGAAGAUUCACGUCCGCAGCCCGGAGCUGUUCGAUGAGUUGGUGUUGGCGGACGGCAAGAAAGAGGUUUGGGCACCCAGGGCCAACAAGAUCACCGGGCAGUGGUUCGACCAGAUCAAGAGUGUGAAGGAUGUCUACCGGAAUCUCCUCUUCUUGAAGUCGGAGGACGACAAGGUGAGACUAGGAGAGGCAAGCCCAAACCAAGGGACACCCGGAACGAAGGCAGACAAAACGAGACAAGGGGAGGUCGGCCUUGUCUUGGUGAAAUUGUCCGGUCUCUUGCAAGCCGAGCGGCGCUUGCGCCACGCAGAAAGUCUCUGGCCUUUCAAGCGGUGUCGCUUCUUCGAGGCGAGGUUGAAACUCUACGCAAAGUCCUGGAGGAAGCAGGGCGAGAGGCUGCCUCAGCCAGCUUUGGCGUCAGCGCCAGCCGGCUUCAGGACGGGGGACUUGACCCUGGACAUGCCUGAUGUGCAAGUCUUGGUCAAUCAGUUGAUGCAGGGGGGUAUUUCUGGCAUCACCGGAUUUUGCUUCAGCGUGCAGAAAGGGAAGGACUUAUCGUUUCUUCGUCAUCGUGUUCUUGAUCGCCGGUCCACGUUCCCAAAUGACAUCCUCCGCGAGAUCUAUGCUCACGCGGGCACGAAGCGGGUUGUUUCGAACCACGCAGCCUUGCCAGAAAUCAAAUUCCCUGCCCGGUCGGUCACCGCGAAAGGCACUAUAGGAGCCGGCCGCUUGUCCAAGAUAAAUCUGUCCUCGCCGAUUCCAGUGCCAAGCGAGCUCUGGUGCGCGACCAUGGAAUUGGCGAAAAACAAAAGCCCAACUCCAACCCAUGCAGAUACCACGAAAGGCGAAGCAGACCUCCUCGUCAUCGGUUGGCUCAACAAAGUCCUGCAAGCACUCAUCAAAGAGUGCUCCGACUUCAAAGCCCAACCUCUUAAGCUCGCCCCGUCUCAUGGUCGUCUGUGCAAAACCAGCUCUCCAAUCUUUUCAGCGAGAAACAGAAAAGCCCCGAUUGGUGGGCCCGAUCGGGCCAGUGUCCUCCGGCGUCGUUACCAACUCCGAGCGAGGAAGCUCAAGCCGGGGUCCAUGCGGCUGCCGGUGCCGGAAGAGUUCGAGGGCCAACCUAGGGUGAUGGCGUUGGUCCUCCAUUUUGACUGCUAUCUCCGGCCCUCAGAGGCCCUGGCUGUGAGUGAGGACCACUUGAUCCGGCCAGCUGGGCCAAAGUAUCCCCGCCGAGAGUGGAUGAGUUCGGUUAUCGGUUUUUUGGUCUCCAUCCUGGAGCACCAGCUUUUUGGAGACAGCACUUCCACUGACAGAUCGCAUGAGCGACGCGUCUUCUACAGAGCUAGUGGAGAUUUGCUCUUAAAGAUCGUCUGCAGCAAAUUCGAACUGCGGUAUGGGAGCGAGGAACAGGCACGCUGCUUGAAACAAGUCUUCGCAGAGUGGGCAAACGUCUCGGAGUGCAUUUGGUUUUGGGAACGUCGCCCGGAGUCGCGGCUCGGCGGAAUUUGGUCCAUAUUCUACUCGCAGGGUGAUCU